GGUCCGGAUCCCGGAAGUUGGACCUUUCUUUUGACUCGUGUCUGCGAGAGCAAUGCAAUAUUGCUACGAAGUUGGGAGCUACGUCAAUGGGCGAUGGUGAGGAGCAGGUUGAUACAGAUGGUCUCAAAGCUUCAAUCUUUGAAGGAAGCAGAACAAGCCCAUGCUUCCAUCAUCAAAGCAGCCCUUUGGGACCACUCUGGCAUCGUUCCCAAGCUCAUAUCCUUCGCUUGUCUCUCUCCAGCAGGUAGCCUCUCGCGUGCCCAAGAGAUGUUUCAAGAAACCAGCAUGGACAACCCCUUUGUCUGUAACACUAUGAUUCGAGCUUACUCAAAGAGCGUGUUCCCCAUCAAAGCUGUACUCAUUUACAACCACAUGCAUGGCGCGCACGUUGAGUGUGAUCACUUCACCUACAAUUUCGUGCUCAAGGCCUGUGGUAGAAUACUCUGGUGCACCAAAGAUGAUGCGAGGGCGGUUGAGCGUAUUGAUAUUGCUUCCAAGGGAGCUGAGAUUCAUUGCAGAGUCUGGAAGGUGGGGUUUGACCGGGAUCAGUAUAUUCAGAAUUCUCUGCUCCAUGUGUAUUCGCAGUGUGGGUCGGUGAGUCACGUCCGCCGCCUUUUUGAUGAAAUGACGCAAAGGACUGUCGCUUCGUGGAACAUAAUUAUAUUGGCCUAUGAUCGAUCGGGUGACUUCGCAUCCGCAGAUCGUCUUCUCGAGUUGAUGCCUGCAAAGAAUGUGGUUUCUUGGAAUACCUUGAUGGGGCGGUACAUCAGGAUGGCCGAUCUUGCAGCGGCAAAGAAGGUGUUCCUGGAGAUGCCCGAGAGAGAUACGGUUUCCUGGAACUCGAUGAUUGCAGGUUACGUUCAAGUUAAAGAUUAUAAUGGCGCGUUAAGUCUGUUUCAUGAAAUGUUAAAUGCAAAUAUUGAAGCAACAGAGAUAACGCUUAUUUCUGUUCUGGGUGCUUGUGCGGAGAUGGGUGCUCUGAAAGUAGGCAGGAUGAUCCAUGAGUCCUUAGAAGCCAAGGGAUAUAAAAUUGAAGGUUACUUAGGUAUUGCACUUGUUGACAUGUACUCCAAAUGCGGAAACUUGAGUCUUGCUUGGGAAGUAUUCAGUCAAGUGAAAAUGAAACCUGUUAGUUGCUGGAAUGCAAUGGUUGUGGGUUUGGCUGUCCAUGGUUAUUCUGACGAAGCUUUGGAGUUGUUUGCAGAGAUGGAGAGGAGGAUUGGUGAAGUUAGACCAAAUCGGGUCAGCUUUAUUGGAGUGCUCAUUGCUUGUAGCCAUAAGGGCUUGGUGGAUAAGGGCCGUGAGUUCUUUGGUCGCAUGAGAAAGGAGUACAAGAUAGAGCCUGACAUGAAACACUAUGGGUGCAUGGUUGAUCUACUAAGCAGAUGGGGGUUGUUAAGUGAAGCUUAUGAGAUGAUCAAGAGCAUGCCCUUCCAAGCAAACUGUGUCUUGUGGAGAACGUUACUUAGUGCUUGUAGGGUACAUGGCAAUGUUGAGUUGGCGGAGUUAUCCUUCCAAGAGCUUACAGAUUUGGAAUCUACUCAGGAUGGUGAUUAUGUACUCUUAUCGAACAUUUACUCUGAAUCGCGAAGAUGGGGCGAUGUGGAAUUUUUGAGAGGUGAAAUGAUUGACUUUAGGGUCCCAAAGAGACCUGGCUCUAGCAACAUUGAGAUGAAGUAAUUCCAUUUCACUUGUUUACUCACAGAAGUGAUCAGGACUCGACCAUCCUUUUCUGGGAGAACAUCAAGGAAUUUCAGUGGGGAUGAUUGGCUUAAAAGUGAAGUCAUUGAAAUGCCUUUUUAGUUUAAUAUUGUAAUGUGCAAUGUCAAGGAGGAGCUUUGGGAACAAAGAAUGGUAGGAUGGCUUCCCUGGUUCAUUUUGUAAUGUGCUAUGUGUUGAAUUGAGCUGAUGAUACUUAGAACGCAA